CAACCCCACUAUCAAAUAAAACAAACCCUCCUAAAUAGGUUGAGCUCUCCAAACAUUUCUGUAUAGGAAAGGGAUACACACUUGAAGUCUGUACACUCUAACCAUCCAUUCAAUGCCUAGGCUGUGUGUGACACACUUCUAGAGAUGGAGUGGAGGAGCCAGGAAAACUUUCUGUCCUAAGUCAUAACAGAGCUAUGGGUGAUUUAAACCAAAUGAGAGAAAAUUAAAACCACUAAAAUUGGACACUUCAAUGAAAGCAGAUGUCAACAAAAUGUGCACAUGGUUUUGCCCAAUUGCUAACAAAAAUCCUGCUGCGAUCAACUUGGAAUUACCCCCAAAGUCCGGAGCACAUAUACUGUAGCUUGGUUUCAGUUGUGCUCUUUGAUCUGCACAGGUAAUGUUUCCAACAUCCUGAAUGUUCUGUCAUGCCUCGAAUUUUGUGGGCUUUUAUUCCUUUUUAUAUCAUCUCCUUGCUGUGCCCAGUGCCCAAGGGUCAAGAGAACAAUUCCAAUAAAGCUUCACCCCAUAGUGGGUCUCCAGAUGGCCCCUGCUAUGAUGCCAAACAGAGGCCAAAAUACUGCAUCCCAGAUUUUAUCAAUGUGGCUCUUGGACAAGAGGUAAUUACAUCCAGUACUUGUGGACGUACACCACAAAAACUUUGUUAUUUCCUAGACUCCACAAAUGUGACAUUGAGGCGAUGUCAGUUGUGCGAUCAGAAAAAAACUGAUACAUCCUUUCCACCUUCAUACAUGACUGACACAGAUGCCCAAACAUGUUGGAGGUCAGAAAGUGGUUUAACAUUUCCACAAAAUGUUACACUGACUUUACCACUGGGUCGUAGGUUUGAGUUGGUUUACGUCAGCUUGCGAUUCUGUUCUCCACGUCCUGAUUCUAUGGCAAUCUAUAAAUCUAUGGAUCAUGGAAAGACAUGGAUUCCUUUUCAGUUUUACUCAACUCACUGUCGUCGAGUUUACAACCAAGCAACCACUAGUGCCAUUACUAAGCCCAUGCAGCAUGAAGCCACUUGUACUGAUUUUCAAACGGGAGUUAAACCCCUCACUAAAGGACUUGUAGCUUUUAUGCCAUUAGCUGGUCGUCCAUCGGCCCGGAGAUUUGAAUAUAGUCCAGUUCUUCAAGACUGGGUGACUGCUACAGAUGUCCGUGUGGUCUUCAACCGUCUACACCAUGGUAAAAAGAUUGGAAUUAGAAGAAAGACUGCUUUCUAUGGUGUUUCUGAACUUCAGGUUGGAGGAAGGUGUAAGUGCAAUGGUCAUGCAUUUCGUUGUACGACAAGCAAAGAGGGACUAAUGUGUGAGUGUCAACACAAUACCAUUGGUCCAGAGUGCGAUGCUUGCAAGCCAUUUUAUUAUGACAGGCCCUGGCAAAGAGCAACACCAAGCAAUGCACAUGAGUGUGUGGCUUGUGAGUGUAAUGAGCAUUCUCAUCGUUGUCGAUUUAACAUGGAACUGUACAAGCUCUCUGGUAGGAAGAGUGGGGGCAUAUGUUUAAACUGUCGUCAUAAUACCGCCGGACGUCACUGUCAUUACUGCAAACAAGGUUACAAACGCGACUUGAGUAAAGCUAUAGCAAGUCGAAAGGCCUGCAAGCCUUGCCAGUGUCACCCAAUUGGAGCUUUCAAUGCCAUGUGCAACCAGACAACAGGCCAAUGCCAGUGCAAAACCGGAGUGACUGGCCUAACAUGCAACCGCUGUGCUCAGGGAUACCAGCAGAGUCGAUCUCCACAUAUGCCUUGUGUCCGUAUUCAAGAGGAGAUGACUACAACAGCAGCUUAUCCUGUACAAUGGAAAGAAGGUACAGAGUGCCAAUCAUACUGUAAGCCAUCCCACAGUCGAGUACAUAUGAAUCUACGCAAGUAUUGCAAAAAGGACUAUGUUCUCCGAGCCCAGCUCUUGUCUAUGGAGAAGUCUGGGGAGUGGUGGCAAUUCACGGCCACGGUGCUUACAGUAUACAGGCAGCGGAGGGUGCCCAUUCGUCGUGGUGAUCAGCCUCUAUGGGUUCCAGAUCAGGAUUUAGCAUGUGACUGUCUCCGAGUGCAAGUAGGCAAAUCUUAUCUGAUUAUUGGCAACGAUGAAGAAUCCCCAGAUCCUGCACGCUUGAUCCUAGAUAAGAAUAGCCUGACACUACCUUGGCGUGAUGUUUGGGCGCACAAACUGAGACGGUUUCAGCAGCAAGACCGGCGUGGGAAAUGCAGGGUUGGAUAAAUAAGUGUUUUUAGCACUACCAAUGAUGUUUAGUGUCAGUUGUCUGAGACCAAGAUCCCAUUUAGAUUGAAACAGUAAUGAUGGCCAUCUAGCUGCAAAUUACCGCUACCUCUAUAUGACUAUACUUGUCAACUGGAAAAUUAAUCAACAAUCUAAAAUAUAUAGUAAUACCAUGCAAAACAUUUUACUUUUUGUUAUAUGUUUGUAGGAAAAAAAUAUGCUGCUUUGUUUCCUUUGCUGUUUGAAAUACAGAUUACACUUUGUGUGA